CUGCCUUCCUGCCCUCGUUGGUGGUGGUGUGUUGCUUACUCAUCACUAAGUUUGGAAGUUUGCUGUGUUCCCUGGCAUGCAAAUAUCCUAAACUGUAACUGUAUUACCUGUAGGGAAAACUGACUCAGAUAUAGUUUUUCCAUUCCUGCAGUCAUGCAGUUUUUGCUGCUGCUCCAGGUGUGCCUCUUGGGACUCGGCCUGUCCGUGGCCAGUCCUGGUAGGAGGUUUCUCAUUAUGUUUCCCCCUCAUAAUGACCCAGCAGCAAAUGUUACACAUCAAGUAACCGUCACAGCAACUAGUGUGUGGACCUCAGUCACUGUGACGGUUCUGGGAAGCAGCUUUGAGCAACACAUCUUCCUCUCUGCUAGCCAGUCAAAGACAAUUCACCUGCCAAUAUCUGUGGGGAUUACAAGUGAUCGCUCCUCUAAUCUUCUCAGUGUGGUUUCUGUUUGGCCUGUUACAGUUCUGGCCUCAUUCUGCACUCAGACUGGUUGUGACCACAGCCUCCUCCAUGAUGUGUCCUCUUGGGGGACCCACUACUAUCCUAUUAGCCCUCAUUUCACUAACCAGACUGCUGUCAGCCAGAUGGUGAUCACCAGCUCAGACCAGGAGACUUCAGUGGACAUCUUCCUCUCAGGGGAAGUGCUCUUUGAAGGCAACAUGUAUCCCAGAGGUAGCGUCUUAAAGUUGCAUAUGGGGGUGCUGCAGAGUGUUUACCUGCAGAGCAACUCCAGCCUCUCUGGCUCAGAGCUAAACUCUCAACAGGCUGUGAGCCUAGUGGUUGGUUUUACCUGUUCCAAACAAACACCUGAGGAUUGCUUGUAUGGAUUUGCUGAGCUAAAGCCAGUCACACACUGGAGUUUUGAUUACGUUAUCCCUCCCUUGGUAAACACAGGAAUGAGUUUACUGUUGGCCGUGUCUGCUGUCGACUCUGACCUGGACGUCACUGCGAGCACCUGGAGGAAGAACGAGUCUCUUGUUGGCGGCAUAAUGAAGGUCAUCCCAAUUGUGACCUCAGAUAAAAUCCACGUUUCUAGUGACAGCCCGUUUCAGCUUGUUUUCUUUGGACAUGACGAUACGCAGUGUCCUUCAACUCUAAUAGUGCUGCCAUCUGUUGAUGAUAUCUGCCACACUGUCCCUAUGUUUGAUUCAGCUGAUAUGAGUGCACAAGAUAACAGCACUUCCACAGGAGAUUUAAACUCUGGUGUUAAAUUCUCCCUGAAGCCCAACUUUACUCAGCUGCCUGAUAAUGCAGAGCCCAGUUCUCUUCAUACAGAUGUAGGAUAUUAUCUGAGCACCUUCAACAGACUGCUGUAUCCAGCAGUGUGUGAAAAACCUGCAGCUUCUUGUGAAGAUGUACACUGUGGUCACAAGCGGAAAUGCUCUAUGAAAGAUGGAAAACCACGCUGUUCUUUGAAAACUAAAAUAUGCUCUGCAUGGGGUGACUCUUAUUACCGCACAUUUGAUGGAAGAGAUUUUGUCCUACAGGGAAACUGUAACUACACUUUAGUUCAAACGACCUGUCUGGGUUUAAAUGCUUCUGUUCCACUACAGAUUAAUAUAGAGCGAGCAUAUUUGAACAGUGCCACUGUCUCCACCAUCCACACAGUGCAGAUAAGCAUCCAGGGCUUUAAUAUCUCCAUUGUUAAAGGAGACAAAAAUCAUGUUCGGAUUAACGGACAGAGAAGGAACCUGCCGCUCACCUUAGGAAAUGGCUCCCUGAACUUUGAUCCAACUGGCUCCAGUGUUGUCUUGCACACUGCUUUCGGAUUGGCUGUGCAGUACGACUGGAAGCACCAUCUCCAGGUUGAAGUUGGCCCAGAGUUAUACGGAGUCCUAUGUGGUUUGUGUGGAGCUGCUAAUCACAGCUCCUUGGAUGGCGUCAUUGCCUCUAAUGGAACCAAUGAGACCCAGAUUGUAGAUGAUACCCUCCAAUGGGUGGUGGACGGGGACUCAGGAUCCUGUAUUGAAGACUGCGGUGCUGGAGUCUCAUGUCCAGUUUGCAUUAAAAGCCAAACCAAAUCAUCUCCUGGCAUUAAAGGCGUCUCCCUCAGUACUGGGUGCACUCUGCUGCAGAGGAGCAAUGGACCAUUUGCAGAUUGUCACUCGUAUAUUGAUCCUGAGCCUUUUGUUCGUAGUUGUGUGAACAACCUGUGUGUCAAUGAAGCUUCCUCUUCCAUGUGCAACAUCUUGACGGCCUAUGCCAACAUCUGCCAGAAGCUCUCAGCCAGAGUCCAGAACUGGAGAACCAUCUCCAACUGCUCAAUGUCCUGUCCUGUGAACAGCCACUAUGAGAGCUGUGGUUCUGCCUGCCCUGCUACCUGUGGUCACCCAGACGCCCAUCGUAAUUGCACCCUUCCCUGUGUGGAGUCAUGCCAGUGCAACAAGGGGUAUUUGCUGAGUGGUGGGAAGUGCGUACCACAUAGCAAGUGUGGUUGUCUUCACCAAGGUUCCUACUACUUCCCCAAGGAGAACUUCUGGAUGGACGAACUCUGCCAGGAGGAAUGUGUCUGCCAGCCGAGCUCCAAAAAGGUGAUGUGUGCUCGCUCUCCUUGUCAGGAUGGGAAAGUGUGCAAGGUUCUGAAUGGAGUCCUGGGCUGCCAUGCUGAUGGUCCUGGGCUGUGCAUCGCCAAAGGAGAUCCUCAUUAUACCACCUUUGAUGGGAGCAACUUUGAUGUUUAUGGCAACUGUACUUACCUUCUCACCUCUCACUGUCCCACCUGGGGGUCCCUGCAAGACUUUACUGUAGAGGUCCAGAAUCAGAUGGUGGAUGCUACAAAUGUUUCCUUUCGGCAUGUUAAAAUCGUGGCUUCUGGUUAUACCAUUGAAAUAUCAAAUGAUUGGAGCAACAGAGUUAAGGUAAAUGGUCUGCUACUGCGUCUUCCAUCUGUAUUGAUCACAGGCGUAGGAAGAGUAAAAAUCUACAUGAACGGCCUCUCAAAGCGUAUGGAGACAGAUUUUGGCCUUGUUGUAGCGUGCAGCUCUGAUGUCCUGACUGUUCAAAUGCCAAGGGUCUUCUCUGGUAAUCUCUGUGGACUGUGUGGGAACUUUAAUGGAGAUCCAGAAGAUGAUGUGAAGCCUGACGACCAAACUGAUGUUUCUCAAAGCGUUAAAUACUGGCAGACCAGCAGCGAGCAGGAAUGCUUGGAUGUGCCUAUGAACACCUCAGGUUGCGAUUCACAAGAAAAGGCUCUUUAUGAGGGGAAAGAUUUCUGUGGAAGGCUACUAGAUACAGAUGGAGUGUUCCAGAGCUGCCACAAAACCAUCAGUCCAGAAGAUUUCUACAAUAACUGUGUUCAUGAUCUCUGUUAUAGUAACCAGACUACACUGUGUCAUAUUCUGUCCAGCUAUGUUGCUGUGUGUCAAGAAAUGGGAGCUUUAAUGGAUGAAUGGAGGACGUCCAGCUCUUGUCCUCUCUCCUGCCCACCUCAUAGUGAAUACAACCUGUGCUCCAGUCACUCAUCCGACUGUGUAGAAUACAUAAGUCUUCAAGCAGUGAAAUGCAAAGAGGGCUGUUUCUGCACUCCUGGCUUUUUCCACAGCGGUGGCAAAUGUGUACCAAACUCUGAGUGUGGCUGCAUUUAUAAUGAUGUUUACUAUGAAAUCCAGGAGACCUUCUACCCUGAUGAGCGCUGUCAGCUGCACUGUGUCUGCGUGGGCCACGGCCGAGUGCAAUGCACCAACCACACGUGUCCAAAUGGAACAAAAUGUGGCUUCCAUGAUGGCCACAGGGCAUGUCAUGCAUCACAACCUGUUAAAUGUGCAGUCAUGGGUGGCAGACACUUCAGCAGCUAUGAUGGACACCGCUUUGACUUUAAUAUGGGAAGCUGCCGUUAUCUUCUGUCCCAGGUUUGUGACCAGGAAGAGUCUGACCUCACGGUUAUUGUCCAGCAAGGACAGCUGCACAUCAGGGUCCAUGGAGUCAACAUGUCUCUGCAGAUGGAGCAUUUGGGGAAAGUAAAGGUUGAUGGUGUUUUAAGGCGUCUUCCUGUCCAGCUGGACCACAUGGCGAUCCUCCACUUUGGCCUGCUGACUCGUCUUGUUGUAGACUCGGGGAUUGUUGUCACUUAUGGAGGGCCGAACCUGAUACAAAUGGAGAUUCCUGCCUCCCAUAGAAAAAUGUGUGGCUUGUGUGGAGCCAAUGCUGUUGCAACAGAUGACCAGAUCACAAAUGGCAGCCUUGCAAGUGAUGUUUCCAUCUUUGCAUCUUCCUGGUCGCUUUCACCACCUGGAACAAACUGCUCCGAAGAGUCUGAUUCCUGCUCGGCGUGCAACUCUACCAUGGCAGCUGAAUUUGCAUCUGAUAACUUGUGUGGCGUGCUGCUUGCUCCUGCAGGAUCCUUUGGUGGAUGUCACGCCACUGUGGACCCACAGCCCUUCUAUCAGAACUGUGUGAACGACCUGUGUGUGUCUCAUGGGGACCAAGAAUUGUUUUGCAGCAGUUUGAGAGAAUACACUUUUGCAUGCCAGGAGGCAAGAGCUGAGGUCAAACCGUGGAGGGGUGAGAAGUGCUCGAUCUCAUGCCCUGAAAACUCUCACUAUAAUGUAUGUGUCAAUGCGUGCCCUGAGUCCUGUGGUAUUUUAUCCGAUAUCCCCUGCCCAUGGGCCUGUUAUGAGGGAUGUCAAUGUGAGUCUGGAUACAUGCAGAGUGGAAAUGGCUGUGUCAAAACUGAGAAAUGUGGUUGCUUUUACCUUGGGCACUACUAUGAGAUCGGGGAGAUAUCGUGGGCUGAGGGAUGCUCGGAGCGCUGUAACUGCUCCUCCACUGCCACCAUGUGCUGUGAGCCAGCCUCCUGCCCCGAGGGAGAGAACUGCACCCUUAACAACACCUGGGGGUGUGCAAGGAGAGAUGAUAAAAUCUGUGUAAAUGGAGAGAGUUGUGGUGUCCAGAGCCGACCUCAGCAGAGACAGUGUUGGGUACUUGGAGGCGCCCACUUCUACACUUUUGAUGGAAAAGUGUUUGAAUUCCUAGGAAACUGUAGCUACACUCUAAUGCAUUUACUGAAUGACUCCAGUGAGAAUAUGACAUUUUGGGUUGGGGUAGAGAAAGACAGGACCCCCAAUGAGGCUUCCUCUCUUAAAGCUAUUCAUAUCAAAGUGGCUAAAGACAAUAUUACUAUCCACAGAGGGGAAAAAGGCUAUGCUUGGAUAAAUGGAGAGAAGAGGCUACUACCUGUAAAUCUGCCAUUUGGACGUGUGAAGAUUUAUCAGAGUGGCAUGUUCGUUGUUGUGGAUACUAGCCUUGGCAUUCAAAUUAAGUAUGAUUGCUCUCAUACUGCCACAGUCCUCCUCUCUGAUUCAACAGAAGUCAAUGGCAUGUGUGGGAAUAAUAAUGGCAUCAAAGAAGACGACCUUAGGACCCCUCAGGGUGAGGCUGUGGAUGCUACCACCUUCGGCUGGAGCUGGAGAGUUCCUGAUCAGGAAGCUCGCUGCACAGCAGAUUGUGGAGAUUCAUGCCCACGCUGCUCUACACAACAGCUGUUAGACAAAAAUGUGGCCAGUCAGUGGAUCGCAAUGCACGAGUACAUUUGGUCACCACAAAAUCCAUUCCAACUGUGCCAGGAAGUUGUUAACUACACCAAGAUCUCUGAAGCCGUUAGCAUGUUUGACCUGUGCGCUAGUAAUGACACUCAGAAAGCCUUCUGCCCAGUUCUGGAGGCAUAUGCUGCCGCCUGUCAAAAUGCCCAGAUACAAAUCGGAGAGUGGAGGAAUAGCACCUUCUGCCCCGUUUCCUGUCCAGCGAAUAGCCAUUACACGUCCUGUGGCUCGGCCUGCCCUGCCGACUGUGCAGACCCAUUAAGUUCAAGACCCUGCACCCUGGCCUGUGUGGAAACCUGCCAGUGUGAUCCAGGAUUCGUUCUUUAUGGCGACACCUGCGUCCUCUUGUCCCAGUGUGGCUGCACUCACAACGGCUCCCAUUACCGUAGCAACCACACCUUCUGGGCUGAUGACGGAUGCACUGAACGCUGCUUCUGUGACCCCCACACCCACCAGACACGGUGCCAUUUUGAUUCUUGCGGCCCAGAUGAAUACUGUGAUCUCCAGAAUGGAGUCAGAAGCUGCGUGCUGCACCCCCCGCAGACCUGCAGGUACACCGGUCAUCACAUAGUCACCUUUGACCAACAAGACUAUGAUUUGCAUGGCACCUGUCAGUACCAGUUACUGGGCAUGUGUGGACAGAAACAAGGCCUCGAUGCUGUUCAGGUUCAUGUACAGACAGAUGGACACCUGGAGUCAGCACUUCAUGUCCUGGUCAAUGUGAGUGGUGUGCUUGUGGAGCUAAACAGCAAAAACACUGGAAACAUCGAGGUCGAUGGAGUCAGGAGGAACAUGCCCUAUCACUUCAGCCCUUCUGCUCUGGCUUUCUCUUUGGGGCUGCACACUUACAUCUCCACAGAUAUGGGCUUUGAAUUUAGUCUCAGCAUAGAGGGCAUAGUGAGCAUUCGUCUCUCCAGUAAAUAUGCUAAUGCUACUUGUGGCCUGUGUGGAAACUUCAACUCUGAUCCUGCUGAUGACCUCACAGCAAAUGGCCCCAAGGAGCAUCUCAGUCCCGAGCACUUUGCAAAAGCUUGGAGAAGUGGGCAGAGUCCUUGGUGUGUGGAGGGCUGUCUUGGAGGAAGUUGUCCAAAAUGUUCAUCUGAGCGUCUGGCCCGCUUCUCUGACCCGGAGGCUUGCGGGAAGAUUCUGGAAGUUAAUGGACCAUUCAGCCACUGUCAUGGCAAAGUGGACCCCUCCAGCUUUUACAAGCGCUGCGUCAGUGACCUGUGUCUUCAUGGAGGUCUGCAGCCUGCACUGUGUCACUCUCUGGCAGAGUAUACUGCUGUCUGCCUCUCCCACAAGGCUACAGUUUCUGCCUGGAGGAGUCCCGGAUUCUGCUACCCGUCCUGUCCCUCCAGCACCAGUUACAACAUGAGUUCUGCCUCUGUUCACCUCUGCCUCGGCUGGAAGAAUAACACAGUGGAAAUGCCUUCGUACAUCGGGGAGAACUGUCUCUGUGAGGCAGGUUUAGUUCAUAGCAGCAGCCUCUGCAUCCAGCCAGAAAACUGUGGCUGCUUUCACCACGGAGAAUACCUCCGGGCAGGACAGGAGGUGUCUACAUGCCAGCGAAGCUGUUUAUGUCAUGCUGGGGGACACAUGACUUGUAGUAAUGUCUCCUGUGGAGAGGAUGAGGAGUGUAAGCUUAUUAGGGGCGUUCAAGGUUGCCACCCCAAACUGAAAGUGGCACACUGCUCUGUUGAUGGAUCCCAAUACACCACGUUUGAUGGACAGGCAUUUGAAUUUCAUGGUUCAUGUAACUACACUCUGGUGCAGACGUGCCUCAAUAAACUGGAUGUGGAGCCUGUUUUGAUAGCUGCACAGGGCAGCCACAGCAAGGGCAGGCAGAUCUACCUCACAGUCAAUAAAAUGUAUUUUAAGACGUCAACAGCUUUUCCUGGAAAAAUUCAGGUAAAUGGAGUUUACGAGAACCUGCCAUUCUCCCUAAACAAUGUCUCUGUACAUCAGAAGAAUGGAUGGAUUACCAUCAAGACCUCGCAGUCAGUGGAGCUUAAAUCAGAUCUACAAAAUCACAUUCUGGUCAAGAUCCCCAACAUUUACCGCCAGACAACCUGUGGGCUUUGUGGGAACUACAAUGACAGUCCCUCAGAUGACCUGCAGCUGCCCAAUGGCACCAUGUUCUCUGAUCCAGAAGUUGUCGGGCCAUCAUGGAAGUCGUUUGAUGCAGAAUCAUCUUGCAGCGACACAUGUGACAGCACGUGUCAACGCUGCCGCUCCCCUAUGCCCAAAUACACCUCUGACCUGUAUUGUGGCAUUCUCACCCAUCCCAGAGGGCCGUUCUCCUCUUGUCACCAUUUAGUGUGCCCACAGAAAUACUACUCACUCUGCAUGGAGAACCUGUGUGUUGCAGGAGGCCAGCCCUGGGCCCUGUGUGAUGCUCUGAGGGGCUAUGAGGCGGCAUGUAGCGAGGCCGGAGGGGUCGUUGACCUCUGGAGGAACACCACCGGCUGUGCUUAUCAAUGUCCUGAAUUCAGCCACUACAGCCAGUGUGCCAACUCUUGCUCCUCACUGUGUCCGGAGGUGAUGCAGGAGGUGCAGUGCUCCUCAGACUGUGAGGAAGGCUGCCAGUGUGAUGGUGGACUCCUCUAUGACGGCCAUGCUUGUGUUCCAGUAGAGCAGUGUGGCUGUGUUCAGGACGACAGGAGGUUUAAGGCCUCAGAAAGCAAACUGCUACAAAACUGUACUGUGAACUGCACCUGUGGGCCUCCUCUUGUGUGUGAGCAAUACUCGUGUCCUGCACUGCACAGAUGCACCGUUUCAAAUGGAACCAUGGGUUGUCACACGGAUGCAGAGCCAAACUCAAAUUUGUGUGAGGGAAAAUGUGAUGAAACGGAGGAAUGUCACCUGAGCGAUGGUGCACCUGUGUGUGAGAGCCGUCAGGGCGUCUGCUGGGUGUGGAAAGCCAAGCACUACCACACCUUCGAUGGUCUCAACUACGACUUUGAGGGAACCUGUACUUACCUGCUGGCAGCCAGCAGAGGGGCAGAAAAUGGUUUGACGCCCUUUAGUGUGUCCAACAAGAAUGACUGUAAUGGCAACAGAGGUGUAUACUCCAUACAGGUGGUGACUGUAAAAGCUUAUGGCUUCAUCAUCGAGCUUGGAACCCAGAAAGGCAGCAUACAUGUGAAUGGUCAGGUGACUUAUCUCCCUGUUAACCUGCUGCGGGGUAAGAUCCAAAUCUCUUCCAAGGACGGCAAAACUCUUCUGAAAACAGACUUUAUGCACAUAGUCUUCAAUGGGUACUCCACAGCUCUGGUUACACUGGACCCACACUACAAGGACAGAGUGUAUGGGCUGUGUGGUAAUUUUAACAGCGAUUCUCAAGAUGAGUAUCCUGCUGCUACACCUGGUUCCCCUCCCAUCAAUACCAGUGUGGAGCUGGCUCAGGCCUACCGGCUCUUUGAUGGGGACCAGGACUGUUGCACUGGUUGUGAACAGAAACCAGAUGAUGUGAACUUGGCUGCAGACCUUUCUGAGGAUCUGUCUAGUGAGCGUAGACGGUGCUCAGUGCUCACGGAUUCCAAUGGUCCGUUUGCUCACUGUCAUAGUCAGGUCAAUCCUGAUUCCUUCUAUGAAAGUUGUUUAGUUGGCCAUCACAAUAGAGGGUCAGAAGUUGCUCUUAACAAAGCCAUUAUUUCAUAUUCCAUAGUUUGUGACAAAACCAAUGAUGGUUGGCAAGAUGGAGUGACAGUUGAUGUGCACUGUCCACCAAACAGCCAUUACAAGACCUGUGGCACCGCCUGCCCCCCGUCCUGUCAGUUUACUACCACCGUGUGCAACAAGAAGUGUGUGCCGGGCUGCUUCUGUGAUCCAGGAUUCAUCAGGAGUCCACUUGGCUGUGUGCAUCCACAUCAGUGCGGUUGCAGAGACUCCAGAGGAAAAUACCACAACCUGAACUCAACUUUCUGGACGCCGUCCGACUGUGGUCAGCUCUGUAUCUGUGGACCUUCUACUGGAGAGAUGGGCUGCAGCCCGGCCCACUGCCCCAGAGGAAUGGUCUGCAAGCAGCUACAGCACCAGAGGCUGUGUCAACCGGAGAAACCCCAGAACUGUUCCAUUGUUACUGGGCUGCACUUUACCACCUUUGAUGGGCAUCAUUUUGACUUCAGAGACAGUUGUUCAUAUUCUUUGAUUGAAACUAAGGCCAACCUUACUGGACUAACACCUUUCAAGAUCACUAUCUCUGAUGCAAGUUGCCACAAAAGGCUUUUUCAUAGUCUUGAUUUAACACUCUCCAUCUAUGGUGUGAAGGUGGAGGUGAGGAAAGGUCACCCUGGGAAGGUGUUGAUUGAUGGACUGUAUAAGACCUUACCAUUCUCUCACCUGGCGGGCCAUGUAACUGCCUACCAAACACCUUCAUCCAUCAUCAUUCACACUGAUGUGGGAUUACAGCUGAUGAUCUACAACACUGGCACUCUGAUGGUGGUCCUCCCCACCAGUUACAGCUCUUCUGUCUCUGGUCUCUGUGGAAAUGCCAACUCUGAUCCUCAUGACGAUCAAAUGAUGCCCAAUGAGGAACUUGCCCAGAAUACACUAGAGUUUGCCCACAGCUGGAGGUCUCUGGGAGCCGAGGCCUGCAGGUCCAACUGCUCCUCCAGACUGAAGCAUUGUCCUGCUGGGGCACAGGAGCUGUUUGCAGGCAGUGAUUUUUGUGGGGUGUUGUUGAAUGAGCUGGGGCCGUUUGCAGACUGUGCCUCUGUGUUAAGUCCCAAGCAUUACUUCCACAGCUGUGUAGCAGAUUCUUGCUCUUCUGGCGGACAUUACUCAGCACUCUGCAGUUCCGUUGCAUCGUAUGCGGCGGCCUGCCAAGCAGCUCAGCUGCCCAUCAGGCAGUGGAGGAGUGACACUUUCUGUGGUAUGUCCUGCCCUAAGAAUAGCCACUAUGAGCUGUGUGGACCUCGGUGUCCUGUGGUGUGCCGUGGACUCUCCUCCCCAGCUAACUGCAGUGGAGGAUGUGAGGAGGGCUGCCAGUGUGACCCGGGCUACAUCCUGAGCGAUGGCCAGUGUGUGCUGCUUUCUGACUGUGGCUGUGAGCAUGAGGGCCAGUAUCGCCCUGCUGGCCACUUCUACUCUGAGAAAAGCUGCCAAAAGUGUAACUGCAGAAGGGGCCACGUGACCUGCAGCCCCGUGGAAAGCUGCUCAGUAAAAGAUGAGUUUGCCUUGCAGCAUGGGGUGUGCCAAGUGUUUGCUGGCUUUGGCUACAUCACUUUUGAUGGUGUUAUUGUGCCUCAACACAGAGCAGAGUGCACCUAUGUACUGUCAGACUUCUCCUCUGAAGCCUUGCAUGACUUUACUCUGCUCAUUAGCUUUGAAAAGGACAUGAAUGGCAUUCUCACAAUCAGCAGACUGAUAUUUCGAAUGCAUUCAAUGGAAGUGUCACUUGACCCUGAAACUCUGUGGAAAAUACAGCUAAAUGGAGAAGAACAUGGAGUGCCUUUUGAUAAUGGACAACUUGAAGCACACCAAGACGGCAACAGACUGCUGAUCACCACAGCAUCCGGGGUGGGAGUGGACUUCUCCUCCUCCCAGUACCUCAGGUUAACCGUGCCGCAGGUAUAUGACGCCACAGCUUCAGGCGUCUGUGGGAACUUCAACGGGGACAGGUAUGAUGACAUGGAACUGAGGAACGGCCACCUUGCCAAAAGCUUCGCUGAGCUCCUGCAGAGCUGGACGUCAGACGCUGCUGGACAGCGAUGCCCUGAUGACUCCUGCAGCAGCGAGUGUGAUGAGUGCAGCUCGUCUCCACAUGACAGCGCCGUCUGCAACAUCCUGUUUGUUGAUAGUAUGGAGUUCCACCGCUGCUGGAGCAGUGGAGUGGAGCGAGAUGUUUAUGCACGUAUGUGCAACACAGCUCUUUGUGGAGGGGCGGGGCUUAGGGCCGGAUGUCUGGCGCUGGAAGCGUACGCUGCGUCCUGCCGGGCUGAAGGAAUACUGGUAGGGUCCUGGAGAGAGAACACGCCUUGUGCUCUCCAGUGCCCUGACCGCAGCAGCCCCAGGUCCUGUGUUGACUCCAGCUCCAGCUCUUGUCCUGCUCUGCUCAGCGCUGCUUCUGCACCAAGUGUCUGCUCAGAAGGUUGUGAGUGCCACAAUGGAAACCUGUUUGAUGGGGGAGAGUGUGUUCCCUACAGUCAGUGUGGGUGUGUCCAUCACAAUGUAUAUAUUAAGAUGGAUGAGCAGUUAUACACCAAGGACUGCAGCCAGGUGUGCUGGUGUCACCCUCUGGGUGGAGCGAUCUGCGAGGCGGCCGGCUGUGGUCCGGGCCAGCAGUGUGGGCUCAGUAAUGGAUCCUGGAGCUGUCGGGACAGACCUGAAGUCUGUGAGCUCAGGGCCAGCCUCCAGGUCUCCACGCUCAGUGGGCAGCAGCUGAGCCUGGAGCCCCGGUCCUCCUACAGCCUGAUGUCCCUCUGUGACCAGUCCAGCAUCCACUGGUUCAGCCUCAUCUCUUACUAUGGACCUUGUGAUGGCGGCUCCUCCAGGCUCAUCAAUGUGUUUCAAAUCCUCCUGCGUGGAUCAUCACUGACCAUACAGCAAGGCACAGUGAAGGUGAAUGGAGGCGUGGUGUCCCUCCCUCUCAGCCUCCCCUCUGGGGUCUCCCUGUCAUAUGGAGUGAACCAGGAGAGGUCAGAGGUCACAGUGAACCUGAGGAGAGAUGCUGGGAUGGAGUCGGAGCUUGAGAUUGAGAUCGGUGUUACCAUGAUGACGGUUAAGGUCCCUCUGUGGUACUCAGACAGACUGUGUGGUGUCUGUGGAAACCUUAAUGAGCUCCACUCCCACUCCUCAGUUAUUCCAUGGCUGCUCCCAGACUUCCCUGGCUGUGGCUUCACUGGAUAACUGAUAUUUUUUUAUGUGUAUUUUAUGAAUGUUUAAAUACAUAAAACAAUUUAAACAAC